AUGCUCUCAGAAAUUGCGCAAAAUAUUGGUGUUCCUGCUGAGACACUCGAGGAGCAUGAAGAGCGAGAAUAUGACCAUGAUUCUCAAGAUGAAUGUGGGCUAGACGGUCAAUACAAGUUUGAUCCAGUGGAACGCGCCCGAGCAAGCAUGAUUACAAGUAUGUGUGGUUCUUCUUUUGGACGUAGACGUGGCGAUCAUUGUACACGCGUACAACAACAUUGUGAUGAUCCUCCACUAGUCCCUGCACAAAUUCACGGCAUGGAUGGUAACAACUCGGCAAAACGAUGUGAUGGUGCUAGUUCUGCAGACGAACACAUAUUCCAAAGUCCCUACCUUAUAAGCAAUGAAGAUGUUGAUGUUUUCCAGAAUGAAACAAUGCUGUUUGGACAUCAAGAUGAAGAGCCACCAGACAUUUGCACAGAUAAUUGGACUGUAGCCAAUACAGUCGAUGAUCAUACUAUCAAAAUAUUUGAACAAACAGGCAUAUUCAUAUUGGCUUGUCGUCAUGGUAUUGUUGAGACACUAGUGGAAAUGCGACACAGUGGAGAACUUGCAAAAUAUGCAUUAGCCACUGUGAAUAAGCUUCUCAGUGUAUUCGGCUCCAACCAGGUGAUUGGUUACGACAUUGGUUUCUCGUUCGCAAAAACAAUCUCACGUAGUUCCCUGAGUAAUCAAGCGGAAUUGAAGAACUUGAUGAUGGCUGUCAACUCUUUCUAUGGCCAUGCUCACAAUUGCACCUGCCAACUCACUAAGCACCCCCUCUAUCUCAAAGGCUUUGCUCAUGUCAUACAACAUGCUUCACAUUUCCAUUGGCUCCAAUACCUCGACCUACAUUUCAAUCAGUGGGAUCAAGAUAAAUAUCAAGAACUUAGUAACUUUCUUUCGAACAACUAUAAACAAGUGUUAGCCAUUCUUCAGGAGUAUGGUCCAGAGCUUGACAAGUUCAGAGAUACUCGUGGUUUCACUGGUGCAGAUUAUGAGCAAUGGAGAACAGAAGAACUCGAGUAUCUCACAAGACUUACUCAGGAAUCUGAUUAUGAGGUAAGGGUGCCAGUUUACAUUGGUGCACUCGAAAAAGUCACCCAGCUUGAGUGA